UCCCAGAAAUGGCACACCCAGAUUCCUAGACAUAGAAACAUACAGAGAAACCUAGAUUAAACCCGAUGCAAGUCAUUCGAAAAGUUGGAUUUUAUGGGAAACUGUUCGUCAGCACCAAGUCAAAGGGUGCUGGUUCUUGAGCAAGAAGAAACUGACAUCCCUAUUUCAAACGAGACUCAAGGUGAGGUAGCGGCUACAGCGAUGAGCGAAAAAUCCAAUACAAUGGGCUUCAAUAACUUCUUGGCGGCCAACAAUGUCGCAGUAGAGAUAGCGAACCGAACUUGCCAACAGCUUCAGCAGAAGGUGGACACGCUGUCAAAACAGAAUCAAGAACUGCAAACCUGCAAUGAGCAACUUAGAAAAGAUAAUCAAAGUUUACGACAAAGGAUCAACAAUGAUUCAGAGAUGAAUCAUCGUGGUUACCAAAGCAUAUCCGAGGACGUUACGAGCAAAAACAAGAGAAGUGACGUUAUAAGCAAAUACGAAGUUAUGGAUGGUGCUCAUCGCAAAAAAGCCAUCGAAGCGUUUGGAAAGAAGGUUCAAAGGACUGAGCUUUGGUACAGGAAGGAUCUGACAUGUCGAAUAUUUGUGGUUGCGUUUGAUACUGCAAGAUCUUCGAAAGAUGCAUUUGAUAAAGGUGUUUUACCUCAAACUUUCCAAUGGGCAUCAUCCUUAGGUGCCAAUUACGAAAUGGGAAGACCUAAUGGAUCCUUAGAGGUAUUGCAGCCGAUGGAAAGAAAUAUAUCAGAAGAGCUAGCUUCGCUACUUUCAGAUGAGUCAUUCAGGAUAGUUUGCUCUUCUGUUCUUAAAGAAAUAGCAGUCAACUGCAAUUUGACGGAUCUGGAGGAGAAAACGCUAAAAGAGUUAAAAGCACAACAUCGUCAAUGGAGGGAACACGACCCUUGGUUGCCAUAUCUUGAUGAAGAUAAAUUGAGCAAAAUGAAGAAUUUCGUCACUGAAUGCGUGCGACUUGCCUGGCGAAUGGUAAACCUUCUACCACCGUUAAAAAUUGUGAUGAUACCGGACGUUCAAGGAGAAAAAUUUGAUGAAUUCUUUGAAAAAGAAGAGGAAGAAGUUAAAGAGGGUGUUCCAACCAUGACUGUUUGUGUUUGGCCGGCUCUUACUGAUUCUAAAGGAGACGAAGUGCUUGUCAGAGGAAAAGCAGCUAUAAUACCAAAACCCAAAUUACACUCGUCCGUUUAAAGUCAAGGGAGGAAUAUCUUUUCUAUUUUUAUCCCUUUAAUAGUAGAACAGAACUUCGUCACUGCAAUCUUGAUCUCUUCGUUUUCAUUCUCUUUCAUUUCAGUCAAAUUAAAAGGCAUACAAUCUCCAUUUUAAGUUCUACAAGACAUUCGAAUGACUUUCUCAACUGGAUGUACAUUUGAACAGGCGUGAGGGUUUCACGCACUUACCUAUGUCUUUUGUGGGAUAUUAAUUUUAUAAUUUUGUUAGGUAUAGAAUGAUUCAUGUUAUAAUCCGCAGUUUAUAGAGAUUGGUUCUGAACGUUUGCUCAGGCUGCUUGCUGUCCCAGCCGUCCAACACUGUUUCUUACUUACACCUAAAUUAUGCAAAUCCCAAUUCUCUCAAAGUUUGAAGGGCACCUCACUGUUUCUUGAUUGAAAUAGAUUAUGGUUCCUGGUUAAUGUCGGGGUCUUACUCACAAGAGACCACAAUGUGAUUUCCUCAUUAUUAACGCUAUUGUUAAAAAGUCCCAUAACAAAGCAGCAUUAUUGAUGAUUACAGAUGUCAGCGCAAGAUUUAACGAGGUAAAUCAUUCCACAUUGUUACCUCCAAUUUUUAACAUCGUUUCUAGGUAAAAGGAAGAAGAACAAUUCUCAAACAAUAUUGAUCAAAAAAGAUGAUUUGCUAAAAUAAAGCACAAUGCUUGUUUCUUAGGCAAUUGCUUCCUCUGUGCCUAUAAGAAUGACAAUCAUUUGUGACUCAAUAGUAUUAGAAUAGGAAAUAUUACUUCUGGUUUUCAUGUAAUAAUGCAAGUUUUUAAGUCAGAAUGUUCUUUGUUAAGAUUUUAAAAUUAUUUCAGUUCUGAAAAUAAUUUAAGUGAUGCAUGUAGAGUCAGACUGAACUUACCUAGUUUUUUUCUUUCGAUUCCCUCAAGCAGAAAGUAUCAAUCGAUUCUUCGAUUAGUAAAUCAUUCAUUCAUUUAUUGUUUUAGCUCUGUUUUUCGUUUUUUGAUUUUGUCUUUCCAUUGCUUUUUUGUUUUGUUUAAGGUUUUUAUGUUUUUUUUCAUCGAGAGUCAUCGAUUAUGCGCAACUAGUGGCGCCAUUGUUGAUGUAUCAUUGAGAUGUGUGUAUCAUAGCUUGGAAAAAUACAAAUUCUUAGACAAAUUUAAGGCUCUUUGCACCAGACCUGACCACAUAUACAUGUCCAUCUAGAGAGGAAACUCAGUUCUACAUUAAUCAGAAAUGACUAGCAGGAUCAGUCAAUUUUUUAAUUGCAUCCACUAUCCUGCUAGAGUUUCCAAAGAAACUGGGAAAAUCCCGUUUGAUUUGGAUGAUCAUUUGUUCCAUUCUGGCCGAUCAAAAUCGCCAACAGAAAUAACAUAAUACUAAGGUCAAAACGUCUUCCUUGAUGUUAUGAAAUCGUUAAGGAUUUGCCUCUAACUAGUAAGUCCACUCAAAAAAGAAUAUUUUAUUACCAUAGCAAAAUAGCUUACAUAGUUAUAGUUAAACUGGUUUUUCUACCAGCCUGCCCUACUAGUAUUUUAUCAGGCAGUUUUACUGUGGGAAUUUAAACAUGCGCGCAAACAUAAAGACCGCUUCCAAAGCCCCAUGAAAGAAAUAUAACUUUCAACCAGCUA